AUGGGCACCAACUAUUGGUUAGAGUCUAGCAAUCACCUAGGUCAAUCAAGCUAUCAAAUGAUAUUAGAGGAUGGUUAUUCAGAAUUAUCACUCAAUCAUCCUUCUAUUGGUCAGGUUGCAAAGGUUGGUACUGGGACCGAUCUACCUUAUGGCUGUCCACCCUGGUGGAGAAGACCUUAUAUGCUCAAUGCCUCAAAGCUAUUCAUCAAUGAUGCGGUAAAGAGCGAUGAUGUUCACGAGUGGGGUCUAAAAUCAUCUGAAAAAAUUCUUAGCCAACCAGAAGACGUUGGACAACAGUUAGCACUAACUUUCGACAAUGAGGGAUCUGUACUUGCUGUUGGUGGUAAGGAAGGAAAAUUAAGGGUUUUCAAGUGGCCUAGUAUGGACAGCAUUCUGGAUGAGUCGAAUGCUCAUGCCUCGGUGAAGGAUUUGUCUUUCAGCCCAGAUGGAAACUUUCUAGCUUCUGUUGGAUGUAGUGGGCCUGGUAGGAUUUGGGAUAUUGCAUCAUCAACACCUGUAGCUGCUUUGCAGAAAGUAAAGGAUUUGUCUUUGUGUGUCAGUGUGUGGUUCACUUCAAUGUAA